AUGGCAUCAGGGUCAGAUAAGCCAAAUAAUUUAAAUCCUCUCACACUUUUGAAUGCAUCUAUUCCUAGUCAGGCAAACAUCUGUACGACUUCUAUGCAAAAGAUUGGAAAGACAUCUAGCCCGACGAGAACCGAUGAAAGUCUAGAUAAUACUCCAGGAAGUACUAUAAGCCACACGCGCACGAGAAAAACUGUACCCUCUCCAUUAGGCUCAAUAUUUGAUGUAGCUUCAAGAAGGACAAGCACAAACACCCUGCCUGAAACAAGUGAAAUGAGAUUUGGAAGUAUUCCUCAAUCAAGUACGGUCUUAGAGGAAGAAUCCUUAAAAAGAAUAACCCCAAGCGCUAGAGACGUUAUCACGCAGAAAAAUCCACAGAAAUGUACUUCCCAAGGUAUCGCCUUUUCAAAGCCAGCUCAACAGCUACCACCUAGGCUACUCACCCAAAAAAAACAUAAAUGCCCGUAUUGUGAUACCGAAUUUACCCGGCAUCACAACCUAAAAAGCCAUUUACUGACGCACAGUCAAGAAAAACCGUACAUCUGUCAAACAUGCGCCAUGCGAUUUCGAAGACUUCACGAUUUAAAGCGACACAUGAAAUUGCAUACUGGUGAACGUCCCCAUAUAUGUCCAAAAUGUGAUCGCAAGUUUGCAAGGGGUGAUGCUCUAGCUCGACAUAUCAAGGGACAAGGGGGCUGUGCAGUAAGAAGGUCUAGUAUUGGGAGCUUUGGUGGUGAUGAAGAUCUAGAGGAUCCAAAUACUGGAGAUGGCAAAGUAAGUGCCAUGGACGGUGUUAUGUACAGCAACAGCACGCUACCACCUAAUCAUACAGAAAGCUUGACAGAGGAAAGUCGAAAAUAUAAUCAUUCAAGACGGCAAGAAAGUAACGGUGGUCUAAAAAUUGGAGAUCUACGGCCUUCAAAUCAGGCACCAGGCUCUUACAUUUCCCCGGUAUCCCACUCUAAAAGGUCUUCAAGGGUUACCUACCCUCUACCAGAAGAUAGAGGGAGCAUCCGAAACACUAUUGUUUCUCAUGUGAAAGGCACUAGCCUUCGCGAAUACACCUCCGGGUCCAACUUGCCGACGUUGACGUCAAAUCCUUCUAAUAAUUCACUUUUUACGCAAGGAACAUUACCGGAGAACUCCAAGUCACUAAGCUCAGUCACUAUUGACCCUGCCAUGAACAGACAAAGAUCACCCCGUUUAGAUUUCCGAUUUCAGCAACAUUGCCUUGGAAAUUUAUUGUCCACGAAGACAUCUUCUGGAAUAGCGCAUUCAAAUUCUCUCGGCGAAGUAGCGGGACCAAAACUUCCUGCCCUUGCUAGUCUUGCGCCGACCGAGAAACAGUACAAAUUGUCUAGCCAAGAAUCUACUCAAUCUAGUUGUAGAAAAGUCCCUUCAGCCAUAACGGCUAGCUCAUCUGACGCACAAAUUUCUACUGGUAUCCGUAUCUCUUCCCAUCAGCUAAAUCAGAGUAGCAUUGACGUUAAUCCCAACAACAACCUAUUUUCCUCAAGGGAAAGGGGUGUAUGGGUUUAUGUACAGACUCUCGAGGAUAAGGUCAAACAUCUAACUGAAAAGGUCCAGAUGAUGGAGACAACAAAGAAAAAUCAAGAGGACAAAAUUAACCGACUUUCACUCGAAGUUUUCUCGUUAAAGACCCAGCUAGACGCACCGAAACAAUCUCAGUUUUUAUCUAAGCCUGGCCAGUCGUGA